AUGCAUGCAGCGUACAGCGAAGCUGUUCGCUUGCUAGCUGCCAAAUCUGUCCACAGCGACAAUACCGAAGCCGUCGAACGAUGGCUUGACAUCGGCACCGGGAGCGGACUUCUAGCAAGCCUUGUAGCCGCAGCAACGGCUUCCACCAGGACGGAGGUCUACGCGUGCGAAGGCGUGAACGAGGUGGCCGAGGUCGCUGCCCGGACCUUUCAGAAGAACGGAGAACGUGUUCGUCUGUUUCGCGGCCGCUCGACGGAAAUGGAGAUCGGCAGGGACCUGCCUUCUCGAAUACCGCGUGUAAUCUCGGAGCUACUUGGAACAGAAGUUUCCAUUGCCAACAAGCUACCGUCUUCACUUCGAAACCGUCGCUCAAACAAAACGUCAGGCCUGUUAGAAGAAGGGAUCCUCCCGACCUUGCGGGACGCCAAGGCCCGUCUUCUCUCGCCCGGGUUUGUUUCUAUCCCAUCGAAUGCGGAGGUGUGGGCCUUCUGCUGCCAGAGCUCGGAGUUGCACAGCAUGAGCCGCCUUUUGCCUUCGGCUGGGACCAGCAGCGGCAAGAGCUUCCGAGCGCCGUCCUCCGAAGAGUGGAAACGAUGUCCUGGGGCGGCCGGUCCGGUAUCUAUGCACGAGAAUGGGAUGGUGCAGUUCCACCCUCUCUCCCCAUCUGUGAGGAUUUUCGAUUUUGAUUUCAUGUCACGUGAUAACCCUCUGCCUGGGCCGGAGGGCCGCAGGUGCGAAGUACAAUUUCCGAUCGAUACCAUCUCGGGUGGUGACGGCGAGGUCCACGCAAUCGUGUGCUGGUGGCAGUGCUUCAUGGAUGAAGACCGGACGAUUGUAAUGAGCACGUCCCCAUUGCCGCCGCCGAAGGCUUGUUCGAAAUUUCGAGCAGAAUCUCCAGCUUCUACGCCUCCGCAUCGAGAUCACUGGCGACAGUCGGUGUACCUCUUGAGCAGGCCGGUUCAGGUGGAAGCGGGCGACACCGUGUGCGCCAUCGCUUGCCACGACGAUAGCACGGUCUGGUUUGAUAUUGUUGCAGCAGCUACUAGUCGCAGAUCAGGAAAGACGGUACACCACGAUAGAGUAAUAGCCGGAGCAGGCGUACCAACAUCAGGACCACCGGGCGGGAAAGUAGGAAGAGAUGAGCAUGAUUGGGAGAGAGAGACUUUUUCCCGAGAGACGAGUAUUCGCUCCUUCCCGCCGGUGUGUGUAUGCGGCUUACAUCGGACUUGUUCACCGUCCCGCAUCCAGAUGCUGAAUGACCAACACCGAACAGAUGCGUUCCGAUCGGCCAUCAGAGCGAUUCUUCUGGGCACUCGCAAAGCCCAAACACAGCACGACAAUCGCACCGCUACUGAUGCUGUCGAUUCUGACGCUGAGAUCGUCAGGGUUGCCUCCGGAGAAAAAAGAAGACGCACCGCGUCGGCGUGCGUCGCUUGUGUCUCGGACGGCUUCCUGCUGCCGCUCCUUGCGGCCCAGGAGGGUGCAUUUGAAGUUCUCGAGAUUCAACCCUCCACCGCCUACAGAGCGAUGUGUCGGGACGUGUACCUCGCGAACGGGAUAGAUAUCGGCGAAGGUGACCACAGCAACGAUCAAAGGAGGGUCAUUCGGCAGUUCCCCGGGGGCAUCUUGAACGUGUACGAGCUCCUGACGCCGUCCGCCGACAACGACGAGUUUGGUUUGGCAGGGAAAAAGCUCGACGCUGUAGUCGGGGAGCCCUUUUUCGCGGACCUCUCGACCGCCGCCUGGUCGUUGGAGUCACUGUUAUUGUUUUGGUGCGCGAGGACGGCCCUGGAGGCCCGCGGGUGCUUUUCGCCGAGGACCAAGGUGAUGCCGGCUAGAGCGCGCUUGGUGGUUUGCCCCUUCGCAUGCGAGCUUCUCUUUAACAGCCGGUGUCGUGUGGGGACCGUGCAAGGCGUCGACAUGUCUGCGGCGAACGACGGCCUCGGCCUCGAGUGGCGUGGUGUAGAUGAAGCUAAUCAUGGAGGAGGCGGGGAUGGAGACGAAAGGCGGCGACCUGGAGAAGUCGAGUCGUUGCGAUUGUCAGAGUUUGGGCACCAGCUGCUUGGCCCGCCGACCGCAGUCCUAGACAUGGAUCUGACCCGACCACUGUGCGAUUUGCGCGGCGGUCGCACUGAAAUUCGUUGCUUUGGACAUCAUCCCCGUCCCACCGCAGUAGCAGCGAACGAUGGGGGGCAUGUGAAAUGUCAUGGCGUUGUACUUUGGGUCGAUUUUUCUCUGGACGAACAGAUGUCGCAAGUACUCUCGACGGGACCGGAAGUGCUUUACUGGGCGCAGGGGGUAUUGUUAUUUGAGAAGGGAUGGCUGGUGCCGUCGAGCGGCAGGAGCUUUCACCUGGAAACCGCCUUGGUAGAUGGAGCCCUUCAUGUGCAUGUCUCCUAG